AUGAGUUACGGCAAGAAAGAUGAAGAUGCCGACCUCGGCUUGGUCAAGGUUGAUCGCACUCAAGUAUUUCAAGAAGCUCGACUAUUCAAUAGCUCACCUAUCCAACCCCGAAGAUGUCGCAUUCUCCUAACCAAGAUCGCCCUCCUCCUCUACACGGGCGAGAAAUUCCCUACCAAUGAAGCUACCACCCUCUUCUUCGGUAUCUCGAAGCUCUUCCAGAACAAAGAUGCCAGCUUGCGACAAAUGGUACAUUUGGUCAUUAAGGAGAUUGCCCACUCCGCCGAAGACAUUAUUAUGGUUACGAGUACCAUAAUGAAGGAUACCGGUGGUAGCACUGAUGCCAUAUAUAGACCAAAUGCUAUUAGAGCCCUGUGUCGCAUCAUUGACGCGACCACUGUCCAAUCCAUCGAGCGUGUGAUGAAGACCGCAAUUGUCGAUAAGAACCCUUCAGUAUCCUCCGCUGCCCUCGUAUCUUCCUACCAUCUCCUACCGAUUGCCAAGGAUGUCGUUCGACGGUGGCAGUCUGAAACUCAAGAGGCCGCUGCCUCAACCAAGUCCUCCGGUGGCUUCUCUCUUGGUUUCUCUUCGUCUUCUGCCUCGCUCCCGGUCAACAAUUCCACCAUGACCCAGUACCAUGCCAUUGGCCUGCUGUACCAAAUACGAUCCCACGAUCGAAUGGCUCUCGUCAAGAUGGUUCAGCAGUUCGGUGCGGCUGGUGCUGUCAAGAGUCCCGCCGCCAUAGUAAUGCUAGUCAGGUUGGCUGCGCAGUUAGCCGAGGAAGAUCAGUCGCUCAGGAAACCAAUGAUGCAAUUGCUUGACGGGUGGUUAAGACAUAAGAGUGAGAUGGUCAACUUCGAGGCUGCUAAGGCUAUCUGCGACAUGAGGGAUGUCACAGACGCCGAAGUGACGCAGGCUGUCCAUGUGCUGCAGCUCUUCCUUUCGUCGCCUCGUGCGGUUACCAAAUUCGCCGCCCUCCGAAUCCUACACAACUUUGCUUCCUUCAAGCCGCAAGCUGUCAAUGUUUGCAACCCCGACAUUGAAAUUCUGAUUUCGAACAGUAAUCGUUCAAUUGCUACUUUCGCUAUCACUACGUUACUAAAGACAGGCAACGAAGCAAGCGUAGACCGACUAAUGAAGCAAAUCUCUGGAUUCAUGUCCGAAAUCACCGACGAGUUCAAGAUCACCAUUGUCGAAGCUAUCCGAACCCUGUGCCUCAAGUUCCCAAGCAAGCAGGCCGGCAUGCUUUCUUUCCUCAGUGGAAUUCUGCGCGACGAGGGAGGUUACGAGUUCAAGCGGGCCGUUGUUGAGAGCAUGUUUGACCUGAUCAAGUUUGUGCCAGAUUCCAAGGAAGAUGCCCUUGCCCACCUAUGCGAGUUCAUCGAGGACUGCGAAUUCACCAAGUUGGCUGUUCGAAUUCUACACUUGCUAGGUCUCGAAGGACCCAAGACCUCUCAGCCAACUAAGUAUAUCCGAUAUAUCUACAACCGAGUCGUUCUUGAGAAUGCUAUUGUCAGAGCAGCUGCCGUUACUGCCUUAGCUAAGUUUGGAGUGGGUCAGAAGGAUCCUGAAGUCAAGCGUAGUGUUGAUGUUCUCCUGACUCGAUGCUUGGAUGAUGUGGAUGAUGAAGUUCGUGACCGCGCUGCGUUAAAUCUCCGGUUAAUGCACGAGGAUGACGACUUAGGCGAACGUUUCAUCAAGAACGAAAACAUGUUCUCGCUCCCCUACUUCGAGCACCAGCUCGUCAUGUAUGUCACUUCAGAAGACAAGUCGACCUUUAACGCUCCCUUCGAUAUCAGCAAGAUCCCAGUGGUUACUCGCGAACAAGCAGAUGCUGAGGACCGAACAAAGAAGCUCACGGCCUCCACACCCUCUCUCAAGCCACCCAAGACAGGACCCACGAAGGCAGCGCCAACUGGCGCAGAGGCACAAGCUUCAGCGGCGGCUGCUGCCCAAAAGUACGCCCAAGAGCUCAUGUCUAUCCCGGAAAUGAAGGAGUUUGGCGGUGUCCUCAAAUCGUCUCCUGUUGUUGAGUUGACGGAGGCCGAGACGGAAUAUGUCGUGUCUGUCGUCAAGCAUAUCUUCAAGGAGCACAUUGUUCUCCAGUAUGAAGUGAAGAAUACUCUCCCCGCUACGGUGCUUGAGAACGUGUCGGUAGUUGCAACCCCCUCAGACGAUGAGGAGCUCGAGGAAGUAUUUAUUAUCCCGGCGGAGAAGCUUCCUACGGACGAGCCUGGGAAGAUUUACGUGGCUUUCAAGAAAGCCAAUGGCGAAGCUUCUUUGCCUACUGCCUCUUUCUCUAAUAUACUCAAAUUCAUGAGCAAGGAGAUUGAUCCGACCACAAAUGAGCCGGAAGACAGCGGCUACGAGGACGAGUACGAGGUGUCCGACUUCGAUCUUGCAGGUAGCGAUUACGUCAUUCCCACAUUCGCUGGCAACUUCAACCACGUAUGGGAGCAGGUGGGUGCGGCUGGAGAAGAAGCGGAAGAGACGCUGCAACUGUCAGGAGUAAACAGUAUCGCUGAUGCUACGGAACAACUUGCCAAGGCGCUCUCACUGCAGCCAUUAGAAGGGACAGACGUGCCGAUCAGCCAGACGACACAUCAACUCAAACUUCUAGGCAAGACAGUCAAUGGUGGAAAGGUUGUGGCCAACAUCAGGAUGGCAUACUCAUCCAAGUCUGGUGUGACAACCAAGAUCAUGGUACGCAGCGAAGAGGAGAAUGUGGCUGCGAUGGUGGUAGCAUCAGUCGCGUAA